GGCGCUACAUGCGCCAUCAGGUUUCAGUUUUCAUCCGGCGAGCCGCUGGCAAAGAUGGGCUUUUAAUAUUUUUCUGGCCCAUAUCCGUUGCGUUCGCUGGCGUCGCAAGGAGACCUAUCUCCUCUCCUCUCUGCUCUGGAUUCCGGAAGCUGCGGGAGCGGCGGCGGACCUGUAAUAACUGAAUCCAAACACGGAUCGACCUCCGCUGGCCGAGCAAAUCGUUCGUGGGGGCAUCGCAGAUUUUUGUACAGCGCCACGCCUCGAUCCGCGAUGGCCUUGCGGGUGUUGCUGAAGAAAUCCUACUCCCAGCUGGCCGGAUCUUUCUCGGGCGCGAGUAGGCUGGAGUUGCACCGGUGUGCCCAUGGAUCUCGACACCGACGACCUGCGUCGCUGACACCUGAGGAAGGCGGUGUUGCGUCUCUCAGUAAUGCUCUUAGUGGAGGUCUCCAUCCUAGACUGGCGAUCCCCAAUAACAAUGGGCUCCAUGGCUUUACAGCAAGGUACUUGAACACCUCUCCAUGUCCUCGUGAGCUUGUUACAAGAAGCUGCUCAAGGACUGGUGUGAACUCAGUAAACAUAAAUCACAUCAUGAAGUCAGCAUCUGUGCGUCCAGCUACAGGGGCUGGGCGAACUUUCUCUUCCAAGACGACCACCAGUGACGAACCUUCAAUUGAAUCACAGAUCAAAGCGAAUUGAGUCGCGUUUCGAAGGAAAAUAAGGAUUACUUCCAAUGCAUUUGUUGCUUUCGGCGUUCUGUAUUGUGGCGCACUUAUUCAUAAACAUUUAGAUUAAGAUUAAAGACGCUGGUGCCAGGGUUGUGGUGGAAGCGCUGAACCCUCGAACUCCAGAUAGAGCAGAGCGGGAUGGAGUCAUUAUAAAGGACAUCAAAGUGUAAAAUGGUGCUGGGUGUGCUUCUGCAUUGUAUAUAGAGAUGUCUAGUGGAGUUGCUCAUUAGUUGGCUCAAAUUGCUAGUAGGAGUUGCAUUGUUAGUUCUUUAUGUCUACACGAUUGUGUUUUCUUUUGAGGGCACUCCUCUGUUAAACAGGGGGAGUACCCUUUAUAGUGUUAACGCGGUUGUUCAUAA